CAACAUGAGAUAUAUUCCUCGCGACUAGGAUGCAUAGUUCUCCUUAUUUUUCCUGCAGUCGUGGUUGGACGCCUUAUCUGCAAACUCUCCUAUUAUGGCUCGUAUGUUGCCAACUAAUAGUCAUGACACGACUGUCACAGUUCAAGGCAUUCAUCCCCCGCCACAACGACACAAGUGGGAUGAUGGUUUGCAGGGGGAAUGUGGAUAUGAAAACUGGCAUUGAGGAACACUCUAAAGACACCCGCUUUUGCCGUAUCUUGGUCCAUAUUGGAUAUUUAGCUCCUGGAUGCAACCGAUGCAUAUAUGGACUCAAUUCCAUCCGCGAAGACUAAGCAUUUUGUAUGAACCAACUUCAUAUACCCUGUCAGAGAAUCGAAACAGUCGAAUUUAGGUACGAGCCAGAUCGGAUACUUCAUUACUAUACAGAGAUAAGUACGUUUCCUAAGUUCUUUGACCAAAUCCAUCAGACCCUCUCACUUAACCCUACAUGUUGUCAUAUUUUAGCUCCGCCAAGAGCGUGUCAAAUGCUACGCUAGCAUAAGCGCCGGAUCUAUUAGCUAGGGUCCGCUUCAUCAGUAUCACAAAACCAUCUUAUUAUUACAAGGACUUGCUUUUACUAGCCCAGUUACGUAACUACAACAGUACAACUUUACACACCUAUUUUACUCGUCUCAUUAGACGAAUAGUUAUGUAUAUAGGGGAAUUACCUCUAUAAUCAGCCUGACUAAGCCAAGGCAUCCCUUACACUCUUAUGUAUACCAUACUAUAUAUUCUGGCUCGCAAUAAGAAAAACUUGGGCC